AACCUACGUCAAUUUAUCAACAAAAGCUCUCUCUCUAUAUAUAAAGCAAUUCUAAGUUCCCUUGUAGAGAUAGAACUAUCCAGAGGUUUUCGAAAAACAAAAUGAUUCUGAUGGUAAGAAGCUGUCUUUUGGCGUUUAUAGCCACAUGUUUGGCUGGCCCGAUGUCUAAAGAGGACUUACAAGAAUUUGACAAAAACGUGCGAGCAGAUUUAGCUGUCAUGAUAGCAGAGAAUUUCGAGAAACUAACAAAACAGGUUACAUCACUAAAUGAGGAUUGUAUGACUAAAAUCAACGGAACCAUUGACCAGUGUGCUUCUUGUCCUCGGGGAAAAAAUACCAAUGCAGGACUUGGUAACAUAGUCAGCAUUCUGGGUAAUCCGAUUUCUGCGAGUCAAAAAUUGGCAACUACGAUUGCUGGUUCGCUGUCUAAUGUUCUCGUUCAGCAGUUUCUAGGGAAAAGACUAAAACCUGUAUUGGGAACAUUGACGGGAACAUUUGGUGCCGUAAUCAACAAAAAUAAUCUCAAGCAUCUCACAAACGUUUUCUCUACGGUUGGGAAAACGUUAGGGAAACUGAAGAACUCCCUAUCUAGUAUUCCAUCGUUGGUAGGACGCACUGCAAAGAAUUGGGUAGGAGAGAUCGGCAACGGAUUGAGCAAGCUCAAAUUCUGGAGGAGAAAACGAUCAGCCUGUGCAGCGUGCGGUAAAUUAGACUCCGAGGACUCGAAUGUAAUCAUCACAAACGUAUGUGGUGCCAGUGUAGCCAAGAGUUUGGGUGACCUGACUAAGAGUAUAGAGAAUCUACAGCUCCUGUAUGAAGACGCCAUCAACGGAACUAUUCUCACGCAGAUAAUUACUGGAGAUCCUAAGAUGGUGACGUCACCAGUUUUUGCGGUGUCUGCAGAGCUACAAAGCGUCACAUACAGCACUGGAACAAUAACUAGGACGAUCAGAGGGAGACCAGAAGAGAGAAUAGUCUUCACCGAUAAGGAAAAAUCAUAUGCUCUCCUAGCCGAUAAAAUCUACAAGAAUUUUGUGUAAAUAAUCAUAUCGUAUAAAUAUAAUCUAAUGUAUUUUUUAAGUUAUUCCACGUUGAAAAUUUAGCUUGUGAAUAGGAAAUAAAAUGUUUAAUAGAA